CUCUCUGCUCUGACUCUGGGUGCGAUACAUUAGUUGUUUUGCUCUUACUUUCUUCAUUGCAUAUGGUUAAUAUGUCAGAGCAAAAUUAUCAUUCGGUUGCGUACGCUAUAUUACUGCUGUACUUGCAGUCCUUCUAAUUGCUAUUCCAGACGUCGGCAUCUGCGGUCACAAUCUAGGUUUGCUUUAGCAAUUCAGUGUCUGUGUAGUGUUCGGUGGUGAGCUCAGUAGAACGGAAGUGACAUAAAACACCUAGGAUUAUUCUAGUGCUACGCUUUUAUGCUGGAACGAAUUUGCGCUUCUUUGGGAUCUAAUGUUGCAGCACUUAGCGCAAUUAUUUUAAAAUGUUUUGCAGAAUAGUUUUUGUGCAAUUCAUAUUCGUAUUACUAAUUGCUUUGUGCCAUCGUUGCGACAGUGAAGAUAAUGUACCUUUGGUAUUCACGGUAGCAAGUAAUGAGACUGAAGGAUAUACACGCUACAUCCGAUCAGCGCAACACUAUGGAAUUAAGGUAACGACGCUCGGUCUUGGGAAGAAAUGGCGUGGAGGGGACAUGAAGCGGUUAGGCGGGGGUUAUAAAAUUAACCUACUUCGGGAUGCUCUGAAACCGUAUAAGAUGGAUGACAAUCGGAUAGUACUCUUCACCGAUAGCUAUGAUGUGCUAUUCCUAGCAUCGAUGGAAAAUAUCGUGGAAAAAUUCAAGACAUUCGAAGCGUCAGUAUUGUUCAGCUCGGAAGGAUACUGCUGGCCGGAUGAAGAGCUGAAAAGUAAAUAUCCAAAGCUUGAAGGCAGAGGAACCAGAUUUCUCAAUUCUGGGAUGUUCAUUGGAUACGCCUCCAAAGUGUACCAAAUGUUGAAAUCACCAGUGAAAGACACUGAUGAUGAUCAGUUGUAUUACACCAAAGUUUAUCUAAACAAAGAAAUGAGGGAAGAUCUGAACAUAAAAUUAGAUCAUACUGCUACGUUGUUCCAAAAUUUGAAUGGUGUAGAAGAGCAAGUUAUUCUAGCACUGGAUGCAGAAACCAAAAAAGCGUACAUAAAAAAUACGGAAUACUCAACAGCGCCUCUAAUAAUUCAUGGUAAUGGACCAAGUAAACUCACGCUGAACGGAUACUCCAAUUAUGUUGCGGGAGCUUUCGUCGACGGUGAAUGCAAGACCGUUUCCGAAAACCUACUACAGCUAGAUGAAGAAAACCUCCCAACGGUGAUGUUGGCACUGUUUAUAGAAAAAGCAACACCAUUUAUGGAUGAAUGGUUCGAAAAAAUUUCCAAUCUUAACUAUCCAAUGGCAAAGAUACACCUUUUUAUACACAACAACGUAUUGUAUCACAAAAAAAUCAUCGAUCAAUUUAUAGCCAAGUACAAAGACAAGUACCAAUCGUUCCGAAUGGUAGAUUAUAACGAAGACUUCGAAGAACUGGCGGGAAGAUCUCUAGCUGUAAAUCAAUGCCUCAAAAAGAAGUGUGACUACUUGUUCGUAGUCGAUGCUGAUGGUCACAUUGACUUACCGGACACACUUCGAAAGCUCAUCACCCUGAACAGAAAUAUUGUCAGUCCGAUGCUCAAUCGUCCGGAGAAGGUGUGGAGCAACUUCUGGGGAGCUCUAAGUGCUCAAGGUUUCUAUGCUCGCUCUACCGAUUACAUUGACAUCGUGGGACAGAAGAUCAUUGGAAUGUGGAACGUUCCCUACAUAUCUACCGUGUACCUUUUGAAAGCAGCAAUUCUGCCAGAGGUCAGUUACGAGCUUAAUAACACGGAUCCGGACAUGGCGUUCUGUUGGCACAUGCGUAACAAAGGAAUAUUCAUGCAUAUAGUCAACACUGCAAACUUCGGUCAUUUGAUCGAUACAGACUAUUACGAUUCAACCCGUAUCCAUCCGGAUUUCUAUCAACUGUUCAAUAACAAAUACGACUGGGAACAGAAGUACAUCUCAAAAGGAUACUACAAACAGUUGCAAAAGGACUAUAUACCGCGACAACCAUGCCCGGAUGUGUACUGGUUCGAACUGGGAUCUGAAGCUUUCUGCGAUCAUCUGAAAGAAAUCGUUGAAGGUUUUGGUCAGUGGUCUGAUGGUACAAAUAACGAUAAACGGCUACAAGGUGGCUACGAAGCUGUUCCAACUAGAGAUAUUCACAUGAAUCAGGUUGGCUUGGAGCAAGUUUGGUUGAAGAUCCUACAGUUAUACGUUAGGCCUUUACAGGAGAAAGUCUUCAUUGGUUAUUACCACGACCCCCCACGUUCGCUGAUGAAUUUUGUCGUUCGCUACAAACCGGACGAACAGCCAUCGCUGAGGCCACACCACGAUUCGUCCACCUACACUAUAAACAUUGCGUUAAACCGAGCAGGAAUCGACUACGAAGGUGGUGGUUGUCGAUUUUUAAGGUAUAACUGUACAGUAAAGGAUACUCGCAAAGGAUCGAUGUUAAUGCAUCCUGGUCGGCUUACACACUACCACGAAGGGCUUACGACUACUAACGGAACGCGAUAUAUUAUGGUUUCCUUCAUAGAUCCGUAGUUUGAUGGAACAGGAUAAGUUUAACGUUCUUUUAAUGACAGUAACCUAACAGGGUCCAUGUUAUAAAAGCAAUAUCAACUAGGAUUUAUGCUUCGUUCCCUUCAGAAUACAUUUUCUAAAUCGAGUCAUUUGAUUUGUAAAACGAAUCUCGUAUACUUAAGAGAUAUUUUCAUUGGAAAAUGCUUAGUUUUACGUUCGUUCUUAACGUGCCAUUUACAGUUGGAAUUAUAAUCUGCUUGACUGAUUUGAGUGAAAAACGUAACUUUAGAAAUAUAUUUCAAUAAACAAUUGCAUUUCAUG